AUGGCAGAAGGAACGCGUGGUGCAAUUAAAGGUCAGCAAGAUGCAUCUCAUAAACUUUAUGAAGCAGUACAAUUACAGCUUCAACAUCAUCAGCACUCUAUCACGGGGAUAACAAAAAGGUUAGAUCAACUUUCUGAUAUGUUGAGAUCUGUUGUGGAAACUGUGAAUGAAAUGUCUCGUAGUGAUAGGGAGGUGUCUCGAGAUAGAGAUCAACCUCCUAGGAAUCAUGAGGAAAGAUGUGGGUUUCAGAAAGAGUUUAGGUUGGAUUUUCCUCGUUUUACUGGUCUUGAUCCUGCGGGAUGGAUCUUUAAAGCUAAUCAAUACUUUGAUUGCUUUCAAGUACCUUUUCAUCAGAAAUUAAUGGUGGCAUCACACCAUAUGGAGGGUGAGGCAUUGGUGUGGUACCAAAAUGCCUUGGAUUCGGGCCAAUUUAAUUCUUGGGAGACCUUGGUGGUGGCUAUGCCAGGCAAAUUUGGACCAUCAGCAUUUGAUGAUCUGAUGGAGGCCUUAAUGAGAUUAAAACAGACUAGUUCUGUUAGUCUCUAUACCACACAAUUUGAGGCACUGUCUAACAGGUUGAAAGGUUUAUCUGAUAGACAUAAAAUGAGCUGUUAUAUCAGUGGGCUGAAAGAUGACAUUAGAGUCCCUGUCAAAAUGUGUAAUCCAAUGAACUUAGGGGCUGCUCUUGGCUUGGCCAAGUUACAAGAAGAGUAUGUUUUGUCUUCAAGGAAACCUUGGAGGCCAAAUCCUCAUUUUGCUGAGAAAUGGCCAGUUAAUCAAAAUACACUUAAAGACUUUAGUGAUGAAGGGAUCAAGAAUGCUCUUCCCUGGAAGAGAGUGAAUGCUUCUCACAUGGAUGAGAAGAGGAGGAAAGGGUUAUGUUUUCAUUGUGAAGAGAAAUGGAACCCGAAUCAUGUUUGUAAGAAGACUAAGGUUUACUUUAUUCAAGGAGAUGUUGAUGACUUACAUCAGUCUGAUGGUGAAGGGCCUCUGUGUAUUGAAAAUGGUGAACAAGAUCCUAUAGAUGUUGAUGCCUUAGAAGUAUCUGUCAAUGCUAUUUCUGGCUCUAUCAGUGUGAAUGCUAAGAGACUGCAUGGGUGUGUAGGUUCUUGUGCUGUUGAAAUCCUAGUAGACUCUGGGAGCACACAUAAUUUUGUGGAUCUCUUAGUAGUCAAGGAUGCUAAAUUGAUGGCUCAUCAAGCCUCUACUUUGCAAGUUAGAGUGGCCAAUGGAGAAAAACUUUUGAGUCAAGGCAGUGGUUGUGAUGUUGUCCUCGGGGUUCAAUGGUUGAAGACCUUGGGCUCUAUUACUUGGAAUUUUGUUGAUAUGUCUAUGCAAUUCGAGUGGGGUGGUCAAAUGUUGUUGCCUGUGAAGCAGCAACAGGUAGAAGUUUGUGUAGAAAGACCAAUGAUUGACUUACUUGAAGAGUUCAGUGAUUUGAUGAACCUGUUGGCUUGCCCCCAAGAAGAGCUUUUGACCAUCCAAUCAACCUCAAGGAGGGGAUUUCUCCUAUUUCAGUUCGACCCUACAGAUGAAUUACUUGAUGAAUUAUUUGGGGCUAGAAUUUUCUCAAAGAUGGAUUUAAGGGUUGGAUACCACCAGAUUCGUGUGAGAGAGGGAGAUAUUCCAAAGACAGCCUUUCGAACCCAUGAGGGCCAUUAUGAGUUUCUAGUGAUGCCAUUUGGACUCACUAAUGCCCCUGCUACUUUUCAAGGUUUAAUGAACCACAUUUUCAAGCCUUUUUUGAGAAGGUUUGUCUUGCAUACUCUUUAUGCAAAAAUGUCGAAGUGCAAAUUUGGAGUGCAAGAGGUUGAGUAUUUAGGCCACAUCAUAAUUGGGGAAGGAGUAAAAAUAGAUCCAGCCAAGACUGCAGCUAUGGUUAAUUGGCCUGUUCCUAAAACUUUGAAGUCCUUGAGAGGAUUUCUAGGAUUAACGGGCUACAACAAGAAAUUUAUAAGAGCUUAUGGGACUAUAGCAGCUCCUUUAACAGCUUUAUUGAAGAAAAAUUCUUUUUGCUGGAAUGAUAAGGCUGCUGUUGCAUUUGAAUUGUUGAAAGCAGUUGUUACCAAUCCUCCUGUGUUGAGCUUACCUGAUUUCACUAAAGUCUUUACCAUCGAGUGUGAUGCUUCUGUGGAUUAUAAGAAGGGCAAGGAAAAUCUGGUUGUUGAUGCCCUUUCCAGAAAAUAUGAGGAAGAACAAGCUGUGGUGGCUAUGAUUUCUUUUCCCACUCCCUUGUGGAUUGAAGAACUUAAGCAGAGUUAUUCUUAUUUUCCUGAUUAUGUUGAUUUGGUUCCUAAAUUGCAGCAAGGGCAGCAAGGUCCAAAACAUUUCUCUACUCAGCAAGGGUUGUUACUCAGAAAGGGCAAAAUAGUUGUGAUGACUCCUUUCGAGGCUCUUUAUGGUUAUGGUCCACCUAAACUCAUCUCUUAUGUGCCUGGCAUUUCCUCUAAUCAUGCUGUGGAUCAGUAG